GAAAUGCUGUGGAGCAGCAAAACCACAGCAAACCUAAAAGAGCAACAAUGGUGCUGUCUUCUCCCCUCACUCCACUCCCUUUCCAACAUCACCAUUACCACCCUCACAUUCUCCUCCAUCAAAACGCACACUCGAUCACCAAAUUCAACACCUUCUCUUGUCUCCACGGAACCCCACAACCCCAUCACCAUGACCCCCAAGACCUCUCUCUUCGGAACCACAACUCCAAGUCCACCGCCCUCCUCCUCCAGCGCCUCUCCCACCUCCCCAACCCUAACCCUAGCCACCUCCAGCAACACCCAGACCCUCACCCUUCCGGCCACAAAGCCAAGCUCUUGGAACGCUCUCUCCUCCGCAAGCGCACUCCUCAGUUCCCUGGCUCUAUCUCCCUCGACUCUUCCUCUCUCACUUCUCUUGAUGAUGAAGACGAUGAGCAUCGGAUGAUAAUGCGGGCCCUGGAUAUUCGCAGGAAGGUCACCGCAGAGAUUUUCAAGGAGUUUAUGAGGACCAAGGGCAAGUUUGGCAUCACCUAUGCCACCAAUUUGGUCGAGACCUUGACCGAAUUCCUUGACUACGUCAUGGUCCAAGCCGCCGCCAUGAAACUCUCGCCGGAGUUCUCCAGCUCCACCUAUAAUUUUCGCGCCAAGACUGUCAUUGAAGAAUCUGAAGUUGUGCCCUGUAUCAGGUGGUUGAAGCACAAUUCACUCUCAUAUCCCCAAAUUGGGAAGCUCAUUUGCUUGUCAAAGGGAGACAUCGGCUCAAUUAGACGACUUGCUCUGUGGUUGAAGUCAAUUCAUGUUAAGGGGAGAUUUAUUGGGGUGGCACUUGUGAAGGCGGGAGAUCAUUUUUUGGAGCGCAGCAAUGAAGAAUUGGAUGAGAUUGUUGAGUAUUUAGAGAGUAAUGGAGUUAGGAGGGAUUGGAUGGGCUGUGUCAUGAGCCGAUGUCCGCAGCUCUUGUCCUACAGUUUAGACGAAGUGAAAACUCGUGCCGGGUUUUACUUGGAUAUGGGUAUCAAUGACAAGGAUUUUGGCACCAUGGUCUUUGAUUAUCCCCGGGUACUUGGCUACUAUACUCUGGAUGAGAUGAACCAAAAGGUUGACUAUUUGAAGGAAUUUGGUCUUAGUGCCGAGGAUGUUGGAAAAUUGCUAGCAUUUAGGCCACAGCUGAUGGGUUGUAGCAUUGAGGAAAGAUGGAAGCCUCUAGUUAAGUAUUUGUAUUACCAUGGCAUAACUCGGGAUGGUAUGAGGAGAAUGCUUGUCAUAAAACCGAUGGUUUUCUGUGUUGAUUUGGACAAAACCAUUGUGCCAAAGGUAAAGUUUUUUCAGGACAUAGGCAUUCACGAUGAUGCGAUAGGCAAAAUGCUUGUAAAGUUUCCUCCAUUGCUAACAUACAGCCUCUACAAGAAAAUCCGGCCAGUGGUCAUAUUCUUGAUGACCAAAGCUGGAGUUAGUGAGAGGGAUAUUGGAAAGGUAAUAGCUUUGGGACCAGAGCUCUUGGGAUGCAGCAUUGUGAAUAAGCUUGAGGUUAAUGUGAAAUAUUUUCUAUCCCUUGGCAUUCAUCUUAGAGUUUUGGGUGAGAUGAUUGCUGAUUUUCCCAUGCUGCUCCGGUACAAUAUAGAUGUUCUCCGUCCAAAGUACCGUUACUUGAGGAGAACUAUGGUCCGCCCUUUGCAAGAUCUCAUUGAGUUUCCAAGGUUUUUCAGCUACUCUCUUGAGGGCAGAAUUAUUCCAAGGCACAAGGUUCUGAUAGAGAAUUGCGUUAAUUUAAAACUACGCUACAUGCUGGCUAGCACAGAUGAAGAGUUUGAGGAGAGGGUCAAGGCUAUAGUGGAAAGGCGCAAAAGAUUUGAAUCUGGUGUCACGUGUGAGGAUGUUUCUAAUUCCCAAACAGGUGAUGACGAUGAAUUUCCUGUGAAGGGAGCUAUGCUUGAUGGAAGUGAGAGUGAGGUAGAAUUAACUAUGUUUGAUGAGGGUGAAAGUGAGGCAGAAUCAACUAUGCUUGAUGACAGUGAUAGUGAGGCAGAAUUAUAAUUACUCUGCUUGUCGCAGUAGGUGUACCACACACUAAGAUGAACAAUGCUCCGACUUACCAGUUACAAUCACUUGACUUAAAAAACUGAACUUAAGUUAUAGUCAAGCUGUCAAAAGAGGAAGAGAUUUGUUGCUUAGGAAAUCCAUGGCUGCCGUCUCCAAAGAAUGUUCCAGACAGUGAAGAGUAUGAACCAUGAAGAGAGAUGAUGCCCUUAGUUGGUCAUUUAGUUCAUAGACGUAUGGCGUUAGUGAAUCCGCUACAUGAUGUAGAAGAAAGCAGUAGAAACAAUGAACCACCUUUCCCUCCACUAUUCUGUUGCCCGAGAAGUGCAGGGCGUUUGCUUUCGGUGGCCAUUGCCGUUGGGUGUUGGCAAGUUUGCUUCUCAUGCAGUACUUGGCGAAGUUACUGUUGUAUAGCUCAAGAAAUCUGUUUUAAUUUAUAGUAUUCUCUUAGACUUGUCCAAAGCCAGAAAUGUAGGUAGUAGAGUAGCUAGUUAGAAUUCAUAGAUUCUCUACGCUUGUAAAGGUAUACAUUGUAUAUACU